AUGCACGAUGAGAACUUGAAGCUUAGUUCCGCUCAGGGUGUCGCGUUGCUCCGCCCACUCGCUACCUUCGCCCGUGCAGUGUUCCCCCGACCGACUCUGAGGGACCUCCCUCCCUUUACCUUAACUCCCCAUGGAACUGCUUCACUCAUCCCAGGACCUCCCGGGUCCUCCAUAAACCUCCCCGCCUCAACCCAGCCUCGACAAUACACCCCGAGUUCCCAUGAUACAUCAUUCCUUAGACCUUCCGCCGCAACAAACCCCAUUUAG